CAAAGGGAGGCAGAGAGAGAGCGCUUCCAAUCCCAAAGGCAUCUAUGAGAGAGAGAGAGACCCCUGCCUGCCCCCCCCCCCAGAAGAGAGAUGGGGCUCGAUCCGGAGGGAGGGGCCCGAUCCGCCCUGGGCCUGCCUCCGCCGGGCUCCUUCCCUUCCUCUUCUGGGAGAGCCCCGCCGCCAGUCCAGGGCCAGCUCCCGCGGCGCCUCUUCCUCUUUCUCUUCGUGGAAGCAGAAGGAGGCGCAGCAUGGAGAGCCCCCGACUCCUGCCGCCGCUAUCGGUGCCACCCCCUGCCGCCAGCUCCGCUGCGUGGAAUGAUGAUGAGGGCAUUGGCAGCGGCAACACCUCUUCCUCUGCCGGGGGCUGCUCAGAGCAUGCUGACUUCCAGUACCUGCUCUUCCCAGCAGUCUACAGCUUGGUCUUCGCCCUGGGCCUGGCUGGGAACCUCUUUGUCCUGGGCUACUUCCUGCGGACCAAGUCGGCCACCGCUCCGGCCAAUGUCUUCCUGGCCAACCUGGCCACCCUGGACCUGCUCUUUGUGCUCACGCUGCCCUUCCGCAUCACCUACCAUGCCCUCCGCAAUGACUGGGUCUUUGGCGAGGCCCUCUGCAAGCUCACCGGCGGCCUCUUCUUCGCCAACCUCUAUGGCAGCUCCCUCUUCCUGGCCUGCAUCUGCCUGGAGCGCUACCUGGCUGUGGUCCACCCCUUGCGCCACCUCCGGCUCCGACAGGCCCGGUACCGGGUGGGGGUCGCGGUUGGGGUCUGGGCCCUGCUGGCUGCCGCUGUCCUCUUCCUGGCCCUGCGGGGGCCACUGACCAGCCGCUUCACCGACGGCCGCACAGCCUGCCUGGAGAACUUCUCCUCCAGCUCCUGGAAGGGCCGCAUCUCGGGGGUCAGCCUCUUUGCGGCCGCGGUGGGCUUCCUCCUGCCCCUCGGCCUCAUUGGCGUCUGUUACCCACUGAUUGCUCGGCGGCUGCUGGCCGCUCCACGGCCGGGCUCCCAUCAUGCUGUCCGGCGCAAGGCCCUGCGGACGGUGCUGGUGGUGCUGGGGGUCUUCCUGGCCUGCUUUGCCCCCUACCACCUGGUGCAGCUGGUCCACACUCUGGGCCGCGCUGGUCUCUUGGGCGGCUGCCCGCUAAUCCGAGCCACCUACGUGGCCCGAAGGGUCACCAUGGCCCUCACCAGCCUCAACGCCUGCCUUGACCCGCUGGUCUACUACUUUGCAGCCGAGCGCUUCACCUGGAGGCCCCGCUGCUGGGGCUGUGGAUGCUGCUGCUGUGGCCCACUGCGAGGGGAGCAGCCCCAGGGGGCCCUGGGGCGGCUGCGGGGGUUGGCUCCCACCAAGGGCUGCUGCUCUUCCUCCUCAUCCACUGUGUCUGGCAGCCCAGGGCAGUGAAUGCUAUGUGGUGCAGGGGGCCCUCUCUGGGCAUCUGGACCUGAAAGAGUGGGGAAUGGCACCUCAGCCAGCUCACCGGCCCUCCCUCCCUUAUGCCAAGGCAGCGGACACUGGGGCAGGCAUUGGUCGCAGCAGAAGGAGCCUUCCCGAGGGGCACCAGGGUACUGCUGCAACUGGGGGUGGUGGUUGUGCCUGUAGUGUGUCUCUGUGUGGGCUGCCCAAUUAGGGUGCAGGUGCUGACGCCCGGCCUGGUGCAAUGGAGGGGUGAUGCCCUUGUGCCUUCCUGGUGGUGGAGCAGAGAUAGCUCUGGUCACCUGGUGGGGUGGUCAUCCUUGCAAAGUGGACACGGCUCCCUCUUUGUUCUGCUGGAGCCCUUGCCUUGCUGGACCCCAGUGGCUUCAGCCAUGCUGCCCAUUCCUGUCUCGCACCUGCCUGGCCUGGGGCUGCUUCCUGAGGACAGCUGCUGGCUUUAUCUCCUCCUCCUCCUCCUCGUUUUCUUGUUUUCUGCAGGUCCAGAGACUAGAACACAGAACAAUGGAGGCAAGCUGCAGGAAAAAAGAUUCCACCUAAACAUUAAGAGGAACUUCCUGA